AUGGAGACUAAUCAUCUGAAGUGCACUGGACCAAGUCCUACUCUUAAGAGUUCUUAUGAGCAAAGUCCUAGCCAUGAGUGGUGUUAUACACUUAAUACUCACCAUUGCAUUGCUAAAAUCCUAAGGCAAGAAUCAUCGGAAAAUGGAAAAACCCAAAGCCAUUGUACACACAUACUAUUUGAUUUCUGCAGAAGCAACAAUACAAUGGAAUUGGCAGACAGAGCUGUUGGUUUUCUUUUAUCAUUCAUAAGCUUGUCCAUUUUCACUUAUUAUACCUUCUGGGUCAUCAUCCUGCCAUUUGUUGACAGUGAUCAUUUUGUGCAUAAAUACUUUCUACCUCAAGAAUUUGCCAUCCUCAUUCCUGUUUUUGCCGGUGUGGUGCUUCUCUGCUUCUUGUGUAUGUUUAUUGGAUAUGUGAUGCUCAAAUCCAAGAAGAAGAAGAAGGUGUGA